CAAAAUGAGCGAUUAGGAAAAAUACCGGUGAUAAGAAGACAAGAAACUUCAAUCAUAUUUAAUCUAAGUGUGGACUCGUAUAAAAUAAUCUGAGCAGGGAAUAUUAAAGCAUUCCGAGUACAAACAAUUGAAAUAUUCGCACGUUUCAAAUUGCUAGAUUUAAAUCUGACAAUUUCUCAACCUUGAACGAGCCUAAUGAAAAUGCAGUAUUCCUGUAUCGAUAGUGUCUUCUAUGCACGCCGACAGAGGGCGAACGAACCGCGUUCAUCUCUACAAAUUUAUCACUCUUCCGACGAGGAAUUCCAUUAUAUUUAAAACGCAUUCCUACUUUUCCUCGAAAAACGAAACUACUCUUUGACGGGUUUCCAAUGAAACGAAAAUGUCGUGCAUCUCUCCCUUCGAUCGUCGUGCUCAACGUCAUAACGAUACGCUUGGUAACAUCGACACCACCUGGUGGCGACAGACAGGAAAGAAAACACGUCAAAGCCGCAAAGUUUCGCUGCCGCAGCGACAGUGAGCGAUUGCACGGCGAUACGGGAGCGAACAAUGAGAAAUUAUGCAGAAGUUGGUGAAUAUCACGCGAGAAACGGCCAGGAGGCGCGUGUAUAGCGUGAAAUAAUCGUGGACUAGGAUCGGACGGUGCAUGAAAAUGAUUAGUGGUAUUCAAAUCGCGCUGAAGAAUGCCAUUGACGUGAUAGCACCGCCUGCCACGCCGCUGCAAGACUUCACCUAUCAUUGGAAACAGCUUAUGAACUUUUAUGUGAACCAUCUGACGGAUUGCAAGGUGCCCAUACAGACGACCGGCAUACCACGGCAUUUGGAUAGAUUGCUAGAGAUAUUGCUGGAAGAGGAGAAGGAUGAGACGGAACCAGGGCCGUGUCUCGAGUACCUGUUGCAGCACAAACUACUGGACCUGCUGGCCACGCUUGCCAGCGCGGAAACUCCACCCGGAAUGAGGAUCAUCUGUUUGUCGUUUCUGAGGAAAUUAUUAGGAAGGUCCAAGUACCCUUUGCUGCAUCACACGUCGAUUUACGGGCCAGUGCAGCGACUGAUCGGUCUCUGCAAUGGCAGCCCACCGUCGCCAAUGGAAGCUGAGGAGGUCCAGUUCCUCCUCACGCUUUGCUUCCUAGUUUGUAAAUAUCCCCACGUGACCAACAUCAUAAACGACGCACCUAGCGUCCAGAGGCACAACGCCUCCGCCUCCAGGAGGAAUUCCGAAAGGAUGGAAGUGGAGAAGGUCACUUACAUCCCAGCCAGACGAAGGAACAACUUUAAUCCCUUGUUCGAACCGUUGGACACCCGAGCAGUCACGCUGAUCAAUCCCAACUUGUUCAGCUCGGAAAAUGACAGGAGACUUAGAUUUGUGGAAUGUAACAGGCCAUCUAGUAAGACUGAAACGACGAGAGGGUCGUCUAGUCAAUCGAACGGGUCGAUAUCUUCCAGAGACGUGGAGAACGCCUCGCAAUCCUCUAGCCCGAUAAUCCAAAAAACAAUAUCCGACGAGAAUUCGGUUGUCGCCGCGUCAUCUUCCGACUCUCAGGACUGUGACAUCUCGCAGAAGGGCGAGGAUGUCGCUCUGAUGAACGAGAUAGAUACCCAUUUGCAGAAUCUUCAGGAUCUGCGGUUGGACGUUGAGUAUGGAACUGCUUACGAGGACUCUAAUUGCGCGGAAGGGGAUCAGAGCCUUCUGAGACCGGAAACGCCACAGAAAUCGAAAUGCCUUCUACUAGAUGCCUUGUUGAGUUACAUAAAUACCGCGGACAAUACCGUGAGGAUAAGAGCCUGCGAGGGGAUAAUGGUCCUCGCAUCAUUGGACGAUUCAUCGUUCGCUCAAAUGGUAGCAAACAGCGACUUAGCAACCCUGAUAUCGAAUAGAUUAGAAAACCUGUUCAACGCCAUUCCGGCGCACGUCGAUCCAACGGAGAUCGACGGCGUGGACGUCACUUGGGGUUUAGAUUCGCCAGCGUGGACGAAGGAGAAGAAGUUCUCUGGCUGCAGGCAAGUCGCCGCGUUUUUCAUGUGGUUCGAUUAUUGCAAUCAACUGAUCAGGGAAGCACAUCCGGACGUGGCGCACGCGCUGGCGAAAAGCAUUAGAGCGAACUUUUUAGAAAAAAUCGUGACACCAGCACUGGCUGAACAUCACGUCGUUCUUAUUACCGCAUUGGUUACUAAAUGCUUGAAGGAACUAACAUCCAACGCCUUAUGUAUAGAAAUAAGUUAUUGGCUGGUGGGCCAAGACAGAGGCCCAGAGAUACCAAACGUGUGGACGUCACCUGUACUACAUAGGCUGAUAGACAAUUGUUUCACGGAUAGUGAGGAUUUAACGCUAGAAACGUUAAAACUGUUUGAGGAGAUGAUAGAAAAACGAAACGAACACAUACUGCACUGUCUCGUGCUGGUAUACUUGUCGACGCGAGGGUAUUACGAUAACACGGCAGCAGAUAGUGCAAUUGCAUCUUGGAGCGACGAGGAGGAUGAGCGAGAGAGGGAGAAGAAGGGCUCGCUAGAUCUCUCCUACGAGCAAAUUUCCUGUCCCUGAUUCCUCGUUAUCUACAAACGGACACGGAUGUGAACAAUUACGAGCGGUACAUGGCUGACUUAGAACAGCAGUAUUCCACUGUGCUGACAGACUGUUCGUUAAUGGCGUGGCCGUUAGAGGCGGUAACUGUAGACGAUUCCGCGAGUUCCGAUUCCAGGCCGGAAGCGGACCAUUGUUCCGUAAGAUUUUACAUGGGCCCGUUUAUGACAAUGCUUUUCGAGAAAGUGACGAAUAUUCCAAGACAAAAGUACGAGGUGAACCUGCAACUGACGGUGGUGAUCUCGAGGCUUGCGCUCUUACCUCAUCCGUACCUGCAUGAAUUUUUAUUAAACCCGUUGUUACCGUUAGCGCCCGGCACGAAGAACUUGUUCACCUGUUUGCAAAAGGUUGUCAAACAGCUGGUGAACGAGGUACCAAAGACGCCGGAUCACAAACAAAUGCUGAAGGAGACGCGAGAACGAUUACUAGAAGAUUGUUCCCACGAAGGGGAGAAGGAGAAUAUUCUGUUCGAAAGCGUGAUCGUGACGGAAGAAUUCUGCAAGGAACUGGCUGCGAUAGCAUACGUGAAAUACCACCAUUCUAUGUGAUAAUUGAUAUCAAAGAAAGCGAUGUAAAUUGUAGGAUUUAAUUACAAUACUAUGGCCGAGUAAAUUUACUUAAUGAUCGAUCAGUCAGUCUAGAUACGCUUAAAUAGAAAAUUGUUUUUUUUGUGAUGAAUUUGUAAGAUAUACGUAUACCUUAAGUAUAGCGAUUAUUAUAUUAAUGUUAAUAUUUACAAUCAC